AUGGCGGAGUCCGUGGGUCGCGACCGCGCCUUGGAGGCAACCGCGGAGAGCGCCCAGCCCGUGGCGGAGCUGAUCCCAGAUUCUGCGCCUCCCCGUCCCCUAGCUCCUGCACGACCUGCUGCGACCGAGCCCAUACGACGCCUCUCGCGCGGAUUGUCUCUUCCGCUGCGUUCACGGGACCGCCCCGUGUCUCCCGAGCAGUCCCGCGCUCCCCCUCUUGUCGCGUCGAAUGCGGGGCCGGUGCGUCAGGAGCGCGGGCGAUCCCCACAGCGCCGAGAGUCCCGCCCCGCGUCCCCUAUGUAUCGCUCCCCUGCGCCGCAUGAGUCGCGGCGGCGGCGGGAGGAGUAUCAGCGCGACGUCCAGCCUCGCGACCGCCGCUAUCGUUCUCCGCAGAGGUCGCCGGGGAAGCGCUCGCCGCGGCAGCGGUCUCCCCAUCAGCGCUCGCCUCAGCCGUCGCCGCCUCGCCGGGGGCGUGGGGCUCACGCGGGGCGUGGGGACUCCCGCAGGAGGGAGCGUUCUCCGCCGCGUCCUCAGUCGCCGGGAUCUGGUGGCCAGCGUGGGCGGCGGAAUGGUUCUCCGCGCGGCGGGGGAAACCGCGGACGAGGCUCCGCGAUAGACCGCGCCGCUCACGUGCUGGCGGAAGCGGUGCUGCAGGCGCACGCGGGGAGGGGAGCGGCUCGAAAUCAUCUGUCAGUGGCCUCCGAGCCCCCCGCCACCCCUGCUGAGGCUGAUGCGGCUCCGUUGCGCGCGCCGACUCUGCGCGAGUAUCUGCCAGCAGCAGUGAGGAGGGGGGGCCCGUUCCGCGGACGCCGCCAGGCCCCUGGCUACACAGCUCCUCUGAAUUCCCUUGGCCGAGCUCCAGAACAGGUGGCGGUGCUUCCGCCCCGCGGUAUUCCGACUGCACCUCUCCCCAGCCGCGCGGGGAGAGACCCCACGUUGAGCAUGUGCCGGAUGUGGAACUUGGCGGGGGCUGCAGAGGGGGUGGCGAGCUUGCAGCUGGCGGCGUGUGAGGCCAUGCGUCACACACCGAGCAGUUUUGCUCAAGUGCCCCAAGGACAGUGCGUCUCCUGGGCAGCAGCGAUUCUCCCCCUUUUAUCGCCCGUGUCGGAAGCGCCCGCCGGGGUAGCGCCCUUAGCCCGUACCUUCCCCCGCCUCGCGCUUGAUCUUCACGCGGCGGCUCAGGGCGGGACCCCGGUUGACACUCUCCGCUUCUCGGCGGAGCUCCUCCAUGCGAUGGCGGGGUGCCUUCUCUCGAUGCUUGAGGCGGAGGGGGCUGGCCUGUACACGCAGUAG